AUGUGUAGUAACAGUAGAUGGAAUCCAACACAAGAGCAAAUAGAUAUGUUAGAAGGGUUUUACAAAGCAGGAAUAAAAACACCAAGGGCUCAAGAAAUUCAACAUUUGACAAGCAAGUUGAGAGUGUAUGGUGAUAUUGAAGCUAAGAAUGUCUUUUAUUGGUUUCAAAAUCAUAAAGCUAGACAGAAACAAAGACAAGUUAGACAUAGUUAUGGUCAUGAUCCAAGAAUUCAUAAGAAGUUUCUUUAUAAUCCAAUGUCAUCUCGUAAGGAUUCAGAUCCAUGUCCAUUUCCAUACACCAAUAGUAACGGGCCAAGUACUUGGCCACCUCCAUCUUAUGCCCAUCGACGUCAAAAUCUAAAGUUGCCACUUCCUCCAAGAAGUGCUAUUAUUGGAAGAUCUUCCACCAACAUUGCCAAUCCUAAUAUACAACCAGCUGAUAAUCAUGCUCAUGGUAUCGAGUACGUCAAUUAUAAGGAGAAACAGGCCUUGGCAUGUACUAGUAGUAGUAUAAGUUCUGUUGAGACAUUACCAUUGUUUCCUAUACAUCCAACAGGGAUUCUAAAAUCUAACAACGAAGAAAAGUACGAUUCUUCUUCAUCAACAAAAUUUUCAUUAUGUAGUGCGAGUAGUAGUACUUAUCAUCAAGAAGAGUAUGAUCCUAAUGAAGCACAAAGUCGGAGCAGUCAACAAUUCUUUGAUUUCUUUGCAACUCAUUAG